CAUCCCACGAUAUAUAAACAAAUCGAACAAACCGAUCAACGGGGCGGUAUGCCUUACACGAAAUUUCUGUGCAAAACUCCUCCGGGCGAAAUCAAUCCGCUCGCGGAAAAUGAGGAGUUGAAGACUGCGCGCCUGCAAGCGGCCCGAGCGCGCCUGAACGAGUACUCAACGCCAGCCAGUCCCAGUCCGCCUAGGGACGUUUCGAUUAUCACGCCCCCCGUUGUUAUACCAACCGAAAAGGUUCCACGAAAGCCGAACCCGGACGAUUUCAUGAUCAAAUCAUGGGACCACACCUUCGAGAAGCGUUCCUCCCAUUCCAACUCUGAGCAUUACAAAACCGAUAAGCCCGACAUAUACAGGAGGGCCGCGGAGAGUCUGACGGCCAAUCUAAACAAAAAACCCGUCUUUGAAAGGCUCGGCACUCGCGUUGAUAUGAGCGUACCGCCUCUGUCGGCCGAGGACCUAAUGCAACUCACCGAAUCCGACAGCGUGACUGUGACCGAUUUGGAGCACGUCCGUGACGACCUGAAGAAGAAGCUUAGCCAGGAGGAAGGCAAAUGUCAUAUACCAGAUUUGCGAAUGAAAUUGACGAGGGAUCGCCAAAAGGAGCACAACAAAAGUCAGAGCUCGUCAAAACCGCGGACCGAGAAGGUCUUCAAGGAUCCCGACAGUAAAUUUGGCAGUCUCCUCUCCAGCAUUGACGACCAGAUUUUGGAAAAGAAAGACACUAGCAAAAAGGACGAGAAGCGGUCGCGAAGUGAUAAAGACAGAGAACGGGAUAAACACAAGCACAAAAGCAAAAAGCGGGAUCGGUCCAAGGAGCGACGUCGGUCGAAGGAUCGGAAGCAUCACGACAAGGAUAGAGAUAAGGACAAAGACAAGCCGAAGGACAAGAAGGAAGAGAGCAGUAAAAAGGAGACUGUUAAGAAGGAGAGCGAAAAGAAAGACACGGUGAAAGAGAAAAUCGUCGAAAAGGUGAAGGUGGAGGUACCCGAGAAGCCGGUGUUCAAACGCUUAGCCGACAAGUACAAUCCGCGCCCCAGGAAGAAUAGCAUCGAGGUGGUGGAGCGGCCUCCCGAAAUCCCGAUCAAGGAAGCCGUGCCCAGUGUUAACAAAGAUGCGAUACUGUCAACGGUGAAAAGUAACCUGUUGCGUAGUAUCGACGAAACUCUACUGUGCAACGUUAAAGAGGUACUGCUCUCGAACAAGGAUACGCUAACGAGAAACCCAAUCGCGAGUCCGGUCGACAAGUUAACCGCCACCAUGAAGGAAAUCAAGUCGGAUAAUGAUCAGUACUUGACCAGCAUUAGAGAUACAUAUUGUCCCCCGAAACCGAUUAAAGAUAUUGUUGGGUCGACCAAUCAGAUUGAGAAAUUUGCCGGUACUGUUGCUAAAGAAGCCAAAAAAGACAACGAGCAAUAUUUAACCACCAUUAAGGAUACAUAUUAUCCUCCUAAACCGGUUAACGAAAUGUGGAGCCCUUCCUAUGGAAUGAUGCCACAAACCACCAUGGAAUUCAUACCUCCGGUUACCACAAAACGAGCGGGUAACACUUACCUGAACACCUUUAUAGUUCACAAUAACGUAAGCUCUCACGGCCAGUACACUCAACCGAGCAGCUCAUUUCCUCCUAAACCGUUUCAUCCGUACGAUCCGCUUCCGAGUCCAAAUCACUACGAGUCGAAUCAACAGCAAUUAGACUACUACUCUCAUAACCAACGGCCAAACUACCAAAACCGCCCUUAUCAACAGCAGUACUCGCGCGAUCGCCAACUCACCGACGUGUGGAGCAGCGAUCGGCAGCAACCCGACAAUUGGAACAACUCGGAUAACACGUGGAACCAACAGUCCGACGCAACUUGGACCCAAGAUCGGCAACCUUCGGAAAACGCGUGGAGCCAAGAGCCGCGCCAACAUUCGGAUAACUGGAACCUGGAUCCGAGGACCGCCGCUCGUCCCUCGACGUUUAAUAGAGAUCCCCGCAUACGACAGCGAGAGGAAAAGGAGUCGACGCAGAAGAUGGUGUUCGUGCCGCCGCCGUCGCAAACGAAGCGGCGCUCCGUCGACGAUUACCCCACGUACGGUCAAUCGAGGUACGACAUGAUGUACAACCAAGACCGGAUCAAGAACGAGGAAACCUUCACCUCUCCGCUGAACAGCCUGUAUACCACCGGCAAUGACAGUCAACGCACAGGCAAAGGGUACGGGGUACAGAAGUUCCGCAUACCGAAAAAGAAAAUGGAAACCGAGGAGCCGAAGACCGAGGAGUGUCCGAAACCCGCCGACGAAGAUAACGUCGACGAGUGCGUGCCCAACGACCGAGACAUCGACGAGCCCACCGACGUGACACAAGAGGAACAAAGUGAGGCGAUACCGGAAACCGUCGCUCCAAAGGAACCGGUCGAAGAAAAGGAACCGGAACCCGCAAAGGCCUCGGUUGCUGAACAGGCGAUGUUAACGAACUUUUUUUCCGACUUUGUAAAAAAUCCCAAUAGCAAGACCAUUCUAAACGCCAUCCUAUGCUCAAUGGCGGACAACACGGGCGACAAGAGCAAGUACAAGCAGAUCCUGGCGAUCAUGAACUCCGAUGGGAACGAAGAGGAGGAGAAAUCGCAGGCGGAAACUGACGACAAAGAUAAACUGUCGGAGAUUACCGAGCCGGUGACCGAGCAGGCGGAGGUGGUGCCGAAGCAAACGGGAAAGAAGACGGGCUAUCGCAAUAGAAGAAAAAAGCAAAUCGCCAAAAAGGUGAGGCUGAGGAAAUCUCGCCGCAACAAGCUAAAGGCGGCGAAAAAAGCGGCGCUCGCCAAAGCCGCCAUUACUAAGCAAUCGGACACCGUUAUCGAGACCGUCGGCGAACGCAUUAAGAACCGGAAGCGCAACAUACCCGCGCCCGAUCCACCCAAAGUCCGCUGUACCGAGCUGGAUCGCCUACACAACGACAUUAAAGAAAUGUUCAUAUGCGAUGGCGUAUUGACGGCGACCGGUAAGCGAAUGUGCCGCAUUUUAAAAUCCGACUCGUCGAGCGACAAGGAAUCGCCCGACCUGUCCAAGUCGAAAGAAGACGACGCCACGGUCUUAGACUCCCCGAAACGCAGAGCUCGCGCCUCCAAUCCCAAGGUGCUAAUCGAGAAGACCGACCUCUCUAAGCUAGUCUCGACGAAGGCGAGCUCCGAUUCCGACUCGGAACCCGAGUCGCCGGUCACGAGACGAGCCUCCAGACGUCGCCUCCUCGACCUGGACAGCACACCGGAACCGGUCCCUCCCAAACCGGUCUCGGCGCGCGCACUGCUCAAGCGCACAUCUAAAAUAAAGCCAAACUACACCGAGCCAUCCGAGGACGACAUCCAGCUGCCGAAAUCGCCAAAGCCAGUCGAGAAAAAAGAGGUCGUCGAAGAGAAGGAACCGGCUCCGGAAAAAUCGGUCGAGAAAAAGGGCAUCAAGAAGAAGAGGCGAGGCCACAACUGGGCGGUCGGCGUGAUCAACAAAAGGAUCGUGAAGAAAAAGGCGUCGGUCGAGGAACCGGAGACGGUGGCGGCGGAGGUACCGGAACCGCCGGCCAAGGAGGAGAAACCCAAGACCAACGAGCACGACACCAGUUAUUACGUCGACUCAGCGGAGAAGAGCGACUGUCGAUUGUGCCCGUUCAAGGGCAAGUUCAUCGUUCACCACUACCGAACCGUUCAUCCUCAGCACGAGGUUUUGAUCUCGAGAGUGUCGCCCGAGAACGGGCAGAAAGCGAUCGAAGAGUCGACCGAGAACAAUUACGAGGAAGUCGAGCCGGUGCAUAUUUUCGAGGCGAAAAAUCGCAAGAAGAGGUUCACGUACCAAUGCAGAUUUUGUCAGGCCGUCUACAAAAAUGAGCACGCCGAGACGUUCUUCGAUCACCUUACCAGCCACACCGGCGAGUACAGGUUUCACUGCGGCAUGUGCAAUUUCAAGACGUCGAACGGGCGAGCGCUGCGAUCGCACAAGUACUCGGCGCACCAGGCGUGCACCGAACCGCCCGGACCGAAACCGCCCGUCUAUCCCCCUCCGCCGAAUUUCUCCCUGGUAUUCGGUUACCUGUGCGAAACGUGCAAUUUCGUACAGAUGGACAAGUCGGCGAUGGAGACGCACGUCGAGAACCAUCACCAGGGCGCGAACAUUUUCAAGGUGAACAUGUCGACAGUGAUCAGCAAUCCGGUUAAGGAGAGCGCGCCGGAAGUCGAAGAAUCGGCCCCGAUCGAGAACGCGCCCGAGCCGGAAAGCGAAAAGGUGCCCGAAACGGUCGUAGAACAACCGCCUGAGCCCGUCGAGCCCGAGAAACUCGUCGAAAAGCCUAAAGAAGAGGAUCCGACAGUUUUCAAGAGCAAUCCCGACGAUUCCACCGAGAACCUGAUGGAGGAGCAGAAGCACGAGAAGAUGCUCGAGAUCAGCCAGGCCGUUAUUCCGAAGAAAAAAUUAUCGUUUGACCUUUUAGAUCGGAUUAAAAGCCGACUGGACAGUAAAACCGCCGAGGAAAAUGAGACCGAAGUUGAAACUGCGACCCAAAUGGAGGAGGAGGAGGAGGCCAUUGUUUCCCCUCAACGAACGUUAUCGCCUCUUAGCUCGAUUAAAACCGAUUCAACCUUUAACGAGGAUCCCCAGCCGAUUGCGAACGUAAUCGGGAAAAUGGCGGUCGACUCACAACCGCCGCCUCUAAUACCGAUCAACGAAUUCCCCAUUGCGCUUAAAGCCGAGGAGAUCGGGGUGCAAGUGGGUCCGAUUCUCGCGCGUAAGAAGCAAGACUACAUCUUGUACAUGUGCUACGUGCAGUCGUGUAUGUUCUCGUCAACGAACGGGGAGGAAUUCGAGAUUCAUUGCAAAACCUUCCACCAUAACAAACAGUGGGACGGCGUGUGUAAUUUGUGCGAUCUGCAAACCGGCCAGAGCGAGAUAGAAGACGCGUAUAAUCAUCUGGUAUCCACCCACGGCAGCGAGCUCGGAAUCGAGAGGAAACCGGAUAUGGAAGUUAAAUCGACUUAUCUCCGAAUGCGACGCCUGAGCGGCGACAUGCUGUCGGAGCAGAAACCGCUCGUGACCUUAUCCGAGGAGACUCCAUUCAAAAUCGUCGACGUACAGACGCAGCAAGAAGAAAGCGAAGACGAAAGUUUCAGUUUCCCAUUCCAAAUUGCGAACGUGACGACCCUCACGCCCGAAGAGGACCAGGCGCUAAACUCGCCCGCCCCAAUUUCGAUUGUAACGCAAUCGCUCGUGACGCCCCCGCUGUCGACGCUGACGGUGAUCGCCGCUUCGGGAAGCUCCACUAAUGUAACGUCGUCGACAGCGCUUCCGUCUUAUAAUAUAUUGGUUCCGUACAUACCGCCGCUUGUUACCACGUCUUCUCCCAAGAAACCUACAACACCGGUUCUAGUCCCUCUGAGCAAAACCAACGCAGUACCAACUCAGUCGCCGUCUCCGCCAAAACCGUCAACAUCUAAAAAAGUCGUGUUGAAGGACGUACCCCUGCAGGCGUACGAGCUGAUCGCGUCACGAAAAACCAAGACAGCCACUCGAAUUUUGCUGACCGAGCAAAAACUGAUCCACCUGUACAAAUGCCCCGAAAUGUCCUGCCCUUUCUCCACCGAUACGAAGCGGCUAUUCGAGGUGCACCUGCAGCAACAUCCCGAGUAUAAGCCCGGCACGCAGAUCUCCUGCCUGUACUGCAACUUCAAGGUCGACUAUCGCAUGUUCGCCGUUCACUGCGACGUUCGGCACGGCCGCUGCCAAUUCUGCUGCAAUUACUGCUUUUAUCGCGCGAUCAACCAAAGCUACGUGGAGAUGCAUCAGGAGCGCGAACAUCCGAGGAAUAAACGGCGCGUGCUAAGAGCGCCGAUUAAUUCGGACGCCUUGACGAGCCAGGCAAAUAUCACGCUUCCACCGAUCAAGUCGAUAGUUCCCCUGUAUAUUUGCGGCAUGCCAGGUUGUCACGAGACCAAGUUCAUCUUCUACAAAGAUUUUUCCAAUCACUGCAUGAGCGUGCACGGUGCCAGCACGAUCUCCUGUUACCAUUGCAUGUACAUACCGACAAAUGGAAACGACGCGGCCACACACAUGCAAAUGCACAACGUCUGCCACUACCACUGUCGCUACUGCCUGUACGGGGGGCACACACUCGAAGAAGUCCACAAUCACUUAUCCCUCCAACAUUUCGCCUUUAUUCCAAGAAUUAUCGAGCGCAGAUUUAUGCCCGACGCAACUAAUAAACCCUCAUCCGACUACAAGUGGGACGACCCGAAGUCAUACGACAGAUUACACAUUCUCACAACCGAACUAACCAAAUACGUGACUCCGGUCGCGCUAAUCGAAGUGAUCUCUUACGCUCCUAAGCCGAAGACCAUCAUUAGCGUCGUCAAGACCGUGCCGUCGUCGGAGAAAAAGGAAACGAUCACGAUGUACAAGGCGCCGCUGGUGUCGCAGGCGAAAAAGUCGGCCGCCGUCGAAGACAAGGCGAAACCUUCGACGACAAAGGUCGGCGAUAGUACGCCGAUCGUGCUCAACAAUUUCCUGCAGUCGCAAGUUGACCUGAUGUCGAUCACGAGGUGCGUCAGCAAGGCGAAAGGCGAGGAUAAGUGCCCGCAUGCGGCGAACGCUACAAUACCGACGGAUAUACCGCCCUUGUCGGUCGCGCAGCCCGAGGCGAUCCGCGUAGACGAACGAUCGUUCGACGACACACGACAGGAAACAAGUGACGGACCCUUGGAGCAAGAUCCAUUGCAAGUGCGUUCAGAACCCGGCACAUCUACACCGAAGUCCACCGAUAGCGUUUCCUUACCUUCCCAAUCACCGCAGGACUUUUCGUCCUUUUCUACCCUUACGGAAGACGAGUUGUCCGAUUUCACGGUAACAUCCGAGGGGAAGAGCGCUAAAAUUCGCGACUUAACAGGGAAGGACCUAUUUCAGUGUAGUAUCUGUCGUGAGUCUUUCGAUAGGGCGUCGCAAUUCAAAGGGCACAUGUUAAAGUGUGUCGAAACUCAUAGAUUGGGGGUUACCAAACCUUACGAGUGCUGCCAUUGCUUGAAAAUGUUCAAGACCCUCCACAGUUUGAUGGAGCAUCUUCGUUCGCACGGUACGAAGAGGUUCACGUGUUCGCUGUGCGAUUUCAAGCACUCGCAUCAGUUUCACGUUCGUGCCCACAUGAAGGUAAGGCAUAACGUUAAUAACGCGACAAUGGUGCCGGUUAACGCCCAAGAGACCAACAUUGACGAGGACGAAUUCGUCCUAAAACCGAAAAUCAACAGGCAAAAGAGUUUCGAGUCUGCCAUUCCCAAAGAUUCUCAGAGCGCGACUAUCGACGUCGUUUUGAAGUUCGGUCCCGAGGACGUCGACGCCCUACCGUUGCGCGAAAUUUACAGUAAGGAGGUAAAAUGCUCGGUUUGCGGAUACGCGACGAAGGUUCGCACGAAUCUCAUUCGUCACUUUCAAUUUCACAAGAUCGGAAAGGAAGUUCCCAUACCGGCGAUCGCGCCUGUCAAUCCGGUGCCAUGUUUGGAUAAGAACGAGAAGAUGUUCGACAAGAUGUUCAAUUUGUCGAUCAGUAGUUACAACGACGCGCUUCGUAACCCGCUCAAGACUGAUAAGAAGGAAUUACCAAAGAUCACGAAGGAGGAGGAAAUUGAGCUACCCACCUACGUGCCCGUCACGAAACGAUACGUUUGUGGCGCCGAUAAUUGUGAUUAUUUGUGCUUGGAGGAGUCGAUGUUAAGAUCGCAUCUGCAGGCUUUACAUAGCGACGAAACAUCUUACAAAUGUAUUCAUUGCAACGAAGUUUUGCACAAAGCAAAAGGUGUGAUUAACAUCGACCAAAUUUUGAAGCAUUUCCGUCUGCACGACUUAAACCUGUACAAGUGCAGCUACUGCAAAUUUUUGCACAACUUGAAGCACAAAGUCGACCGACACGUUUUAGAUAAGCACCCAAACAAUACACCCUUGGUAAUAAUCAUACGCGAGAUGGACCACGAACCCGAAGAGGCCACGCACCACCACCACCACGUCCAGGAGGACGUCAAGGAGGCGAAACCGUGGCGAUGCGGCAUGUGCAAGUAUCGCUGCAGCACGAAAACCGAAAUCGUCACUCACGCCCACAACAAACACGAACUGGACACCCAAUUCAAAUGUGCCUUAUGUCAGUAUAGGACCAGUACGAAGUCGAAUUUCGCCGACCACUUCCAAACGGAGCAUCCGGGUCGAAACGUGGACGUCAUCGACGCCUAUUACGAGGAGGAGGCGAUUCCCGCCUUGAAAAACAUCGCCGAGCUGAGCAUGUUCGACACGACGCCGAUAUGGCAGCGCGAGAAGACCAAGUUGAAGUACAUUCGCGGCAUUCCCAUCGUGGAGGAGACUAGCAAGCCGUCGAAAAAGUCGCCGCUUAAAUUCGAUGACAAGGCCGAAAUUAAGAAGAUCGCGACCACGCCGUCGAAAAAACCGAAAACUCUCAAGGAGAAGAAAUUGGAGCUGAUUAUUAAGGUGGGCGACGUUGAAGUAAUCGAAAUCGAAGACGACGACGUCCUAGUGAUUGACGAAAAGCCGAAGGUCUCCGAAAAGCAGCCGGUCCUCUCCGAGUCCGCUUCCCAAUCGGAUCAGGACAAGGUGGGCAGUUCCGGAUACACGCUUGAGGAUCUCAUGAGCAUGGACAUAACGACUUUGAAAAAUGCGAACUUGUCGUGCGCCUCUUACGGACCGUUUGGCGUGCCCCGCAAUCGACAGUACUUGUGCCCAAUUUGUAACUCAUUCAAAACCAAAAAAGAAGAAGACAUCAAGAACCAUCUUUAUAAGCAUCACGACUAUCACAAGUUCGUCUGUACAAUUUGUAAACUCACCGGCAUCAGUUACAAGUUCCUUAAGAGACACUCGGGACGCAAACAUCAGGGACUGCCCGAGGCGAUCUACCCUAUGACUCCCGCCCCGCUAAUCGAGGACUGGGUACGUAAGGUGCUCGCCGUCCAAUCUCGCAUAAUGGAGGAGAACGAGAGCAUGGCGACCGUCUCGAGUACGACCGUUCACGACGUGAUUAAAACCGAGGACUCGCCGAAGAGGCAGGUCACGACGGAAAUAAACGCCGCCGAUUCGUCGAGUACGUUGGGUAGAUCGAAAGUGAUCCAGCAGUGUCAGCAUUGUUCGUAUAGCUGCAGGGCGGCGAGCGAUAUGCGCAAGCACGAGCGACGCCAUUGGCUGCAGAAACCGUUGAGGUGCGGACAUUGCGACUUUGAAGGUAAGUUUUUUCGAAAUUUUUUAUUUCUCCUUCAUUCCUGA